AUGUCCGACACGAGGAGGAGCAUGCGUCCGCCCACGGAUCGCUACAGCCCUCUCAUCAGACCAACUGACGAGGCUUGGAAAACCAUCGAGGACGAAUUCAAGAGCAUCCUUUCGGACCCUACUGUACGCAUUCAACAGAUUUUGGACGACCACUUUACAGACCAUGAGAAAAAGCUGUUCCUGCCCGCCACUCAACCUCGAAGCCUUAGAGAGUGCCAGGAAGACAACACCGAGCGAUACCAUGCCCUUUUCCAAGGCAGAUUCAAAGGCCAUCCUCUGUCUUUGGCCACCAAGUUUACAAUGCUUUACUUCGGUCUGCCCGUCGAACCGGUCCUGUCCCAUCUGUUCGGCCAGGGUAAGCCUACCUUUGACGUCGACGACUGGGAGGACCUCCACGAAGCAGAGGUUUGCCCGCCGCUGCACUUCCUCACGGCUCACGACCGGCGGAACUUUGGCCAUGACAACAUGAGAGGGACGGAAGCACAUUACAGCACCAUACCUGUGCCUGCGUCGCAGCUUUCUGGAGCGACCGAUUUUGACCUUCAGGAGUCUGAUUCUCAAGGCCUAAGCCUUCGCGGUGGAGGUCUAGAUGACGACGACAACGAAGAUGGCGAUCACGAUAUGCCGGAUAUGGAGAAACAACCUCGGCGACAGCUCUUUUCAGGCCCCGGACUGGUCUCUAAAGUGUUUGGAGACAAGGGCAAUGGAUCUUCUAGCAAAUUGCCGACGUCGAAUCGCCAUACCAAGCUCUUUGGACUCUCAUCCACGAAUCCAACAUCAAAUGCGCCCGCCCCUGGCCGGACAAACACCCCCAGCGCCCCUCAGUCCAAAUUGCUUCCGAUUCCGAAAUCGACCCAUGGUGGUACUUUCAAUACUUCUCCCCCCAAGUCUGCGGCCGGAGGUAUUUUCAGCACUCCAACCCCCAAGCCCGCGGCCAGCACGCAGCCGACGGCGUCUCACGCUGGUGUGACAGCUGGUGGUCAAAGACCCAAUCCUUCCAGCAGUGUUGGAGGAUUCGUACCUCCCCGCCCUUCUGGGUUUGCUCCUCCUCCUGCCGGUUCCAACCCACAGUCAUUCGGAGGUUAUUUCCCUCCCUCUUCGUUCGGCCCAAAAGUCCAGUCGACAUACAGCACAUCGACUCCUUCAGCUGAUACCUUUGUUCAGUUGUUCGGCUUCCAGGGCCGAGUAUCGUUCGACUCGGGAAACCUUUCCACUCUCCAGGAAGCUACCCGAAAGCUGCUUUCUCUGAAGCAACGGGACCAAUGCGAUGUCAUUCUUGCGCAUAUCAGCCGAAAUGGCGGGAAAAUCGAACGCUCUUUCGAAACCACCAUACGGGAUAUCUCGAAAGGCGAAGUGGCUCAGUACGUCGACGAACAGAAGUCAAACCGCGAUUGCGUGUGGUUCACCCAUAGGAAAGGGGAAACCACCCCGACUGAUUUCGCGCCCACGGAAAGCGAAUUUUUGUGGAAUUUGGUCAAGUUGAGGCAUGUUGACAGUCAAGGCCAAGAGAACCUCUCCUACUUGGGCAUGCCUAAUCGCGGAAAGUUCUUCCAUACUGAAGCAGAGGGGGAACGUUGGCCAACCCCGAAACCCUGGGGCAUCAACCAUUACAUGCCUUUCUUGAAGACUGCCCAGGAAGUCCUUAUAGGACGCCCGAAAGAGCCGGGUGAGAGCGACUGCGAUAUACGCCUGUCCAAUGAGUUCUCAACUUCGAGAUCAUUUGCAAGGCAGUGGUUCGGCGGCCUCGAGAUCGAUCAUGAGCUGUGGAAAAUGAUGCACCCCCGAUGCAACGGCUCCAGGCCAUUCAACGUUGCCACGCACCCUUUGGCCGAGGGUUCCGUCAUCUUUCAUUUGCCUGGAAGACUCGCCACAUCUGAAAUGUUGCAGAUGCGACAAUGCUUUCGUCGAGAAGGCUCUGACGACCCGUACCCAGAGGCCCGCAGGACACUUGAGACGCUCAUCAGGAAUGCACACAUUCCCCUCAGACCUUCCUACUACCGGAUAUGGCGCGGAACAGACUUUUUCAGCAGCACGAUCUACCCUGCUGGUAGUCGUCGUCCAGUUCGAUGGAACCACCUGGCCGUGAACGCCGAAAGCCAAGACCAGCAAGCCAUUUCCAAGUUCAUUCAGGAAGCUGUCGAAGACCCGAGUGAGGCUUGUCGAUUCUUCGUCGUUCAACCUAUGGACGACGAUGAAGCUUGCAGAAUCCGUCUCGGGGAUGCAAACAGCAGCCAUGAAGACUUCAACGUCGAUACGCAUAGAAUGGAUUCGUUCAAGUCCAAGAUCCGUAGGCUGUACGAAGGUCACCCCGAAAAGACGUACGAGCCUGGAACAGACUCCAUCCUCAUCGAGCCAGUGAUUGACGAACGCUACUGGAACCAGUCUCAGUUUGUUCUCAGAGCAAAUGCUUCCAACAAUGAGCUGGCGAUGAUAAGACGUCUCAUCAUCGCUACAGAGGUGCGUGUCACCGUUGUGAAGGACGAUGCUUCCGACUAUGUGGCACAACUGGAAAAGUGUGAAUGGGGUCCUCGAUAUGGAGAGGUGACACCAUUCCGUCGAGAAAUGGGGCACCCAACCCUCUCACAGCCCAGCGAGCACUUCGUCAUGCCUCCGAAAAAGCAGCCAAGUCCGCGAAGGACAACAGAGUCUCGUAUGGAGCCCCGUGAGAGAACAUGGGCGCAACAGCCCGGCAUUUUCGAUAAGGGCGUUUACAAUCCAGCUAUCCCGAUCAACGCGCCAGCAGUCGAGCAAAUCAUGCGGACUGGAGGGACCCGAGUUCCAAUGGUGUCGAAGGCCGUUCUUACGUCGACGGAGCAACGUCAACUUCAAAGCGAUCUUUGGACGAUGCGUGGCAUGGUACUCGACCGCCUCUCCAGAUGUCCGUAUGAGGGGUGCAGAUAUGCAUACCGACUUGACCAGGAGGAGGAAUUCCUGAAGCAUCUGGAGGGCUCACAUGUUGGAGACAGGUGUCCCUGGUGCAGUGAACAGCUUUUUCAACACUGGUCUUGGAAGCAAAAGGAGGACCACUUCAAAACCAAACACGAGGACGUAUUCCGGAAGGUUCUGGACAUGCCGCAGCCAACACCCUCCGCUAAGAGACAACAACUUUCCGGCCAAGCUGCGGUCGAACGUGCUCAAGAUAUCUUGUCCGCAGCCACGAUCGCCGAACGAGUGCGGCCUCCAGUCGGGCCUCCUCCAAAGCCCAGUCCGCCAACAAAGGCUAACAGCAAAGAGUCCGAGUACCGAUUCUGCGACCGGUGCGGUCGCGACCACCAAACGCUUAGCGGCAAAACGGAGCGUGAUCACCAUGAUCGGUGCUGUGUGCCUUUAGCGGAGGGUGCUGGGAGGUGUACCUUUUGCGAGACGUGCGGCGAUAACGUCUGGAACUCCUUGAGCGACAGGGACGAGCUGGCACCCUACGACGAUUACCCACACCGAUGCAGAGGGACAUCCCAUGCUGGGAAGCCAUACUGCGUCAAGUGCGGACUCUCUCUGAAGAAGCUCCCCGACGAUGCCAUCGACCGCCAUCGGGAACAUUGCGGAGGCUUCUUUGGCGAUGUGGGCUGCUUCUGUCCUUACUGCCAGAAGAGCUUUGUCCAAGAUGGUGUCCAGAAACACGUGGAAGAGAUCAGGAAGCAUAUCACCGAUUGUACUGCCAAGAAGCCUCCGAACAUUACUCCGUUCGACAUUUACCCGGAGAGCUACUGGAACGGUAGGGACCAACCGUCAGAUUCGCUUUUCCUGGGUGAACAAGCCUCCAAUGAGCUCACCAACUUUUCGCGGCCUCGUGGCCCAUCUCGAUACUUGAGCCAUCCAUUGGCGUGGCACGACAAACCAGGGCCACACCCGUGUCAAGACCCCCCCUCUGAGUGCACAGCUUACGGCUGUCGAGAACCCCUAUUCGGACUCACGCCAUCCGAAGUUCUUGCGCACUUUGAGACGAAGCAUUAUGGCAUACCGCUGCCAAGGUGUCCCCUGUGCCAUUUGUCCUUCCAAAGACCCAAGGAGGUGCGUGAAGAACAGCCAGAGCUUGGGGAAUAUGAAGAUCGGAGGCUCCAGGUCGCACACAUGGAAUGUCACGUCUUCCAACUCUGGGACAUUCUUGCCGAGAAGAGAGCUCCCCCUCCCGUAGUGCAAGGGCCGUUCGGUCCGGGUCACACCUUGUGGGAUCCCGAGAAUGAGAAUGCUCUGGAUCGACGCGACAAGCGAUGUCCAUACUUUGAAAAGUGCGGGGCCAUGGUUGGAUUCAUGAGCCAGCAGCAAUGGAACAGUCACAUGGAAGCAGCGCAUGCUUCUGAAGACUUUGUGGGCGGCAUGCGACCGAACAGGGAGGCUGUUAUGCGUGCCGCGGAUGAGGAGCGAAGAAAGCAGAGGAUACGAGAGGGAAAACACCCCAUUCCGGGUAUGCUCAUAAGGCCUCCGGGAAAACCAUUCGCAGGAAUUCGACCGGGUAAUGGGCCUGGGCAAGGGAGCACAAACAGCGCGCCGCCUGCUCAGCCUGGGGGAUCUCGUCCUGAACCGAGCGAGAACCCUCCUCAAGAGCCUGGGUCUGAGACACAAGCCAUGGAGGGCGUCGAGACUAGUCACGGCCACGAAGUCCCUGAUAACAACGAGGAGGAACAAGAUAACGAAACAGAUGGACAGCUGGAAGAAGAUCUUGCGGGCGGCGGUUCCCAGCCGCCCAAGACCCAGCCCAAGCCCACAGGUCCAGUGCCCGUGCCGACCAGCACAUCAAAGCCGCCGACGAAACCCAAGCCCACAGGACCGGUGCCGGUGCCGCCGAGUUCAACCACGAAGCCGCCAAAGACCCAACCCAAGCCGACUGGUCCGGUCCCUGUGCCGCCGAGUUCAACCACAAAGCCGCCAAAGACCCAACCCAAGCCAACGGGCCCAGUCCCGGUGCCGACGACUUCGACAACGAAAGUUCCAAAGACCAAGCCGAAGAAGCCGAAGAAGCCCAAGUCGAAGACUGCAAAAGCGGCAAAAACUGCCAAGUCUGAUUUUGACCCAAGCGAUGACAUGUACUGCUCGCGAUGCUUCCGAAAAGCUUCUUCCAAAAUCAGGAACGGUGACCCGGACAGGAAAACACAAAUAAACGCCCACUCGGACCCGAACCGCAGUUGCCGAAUCCCGGCACAGGAAGGCGAGGUCACGUAUGAUGCCGACGGGAUGCCGGAGCUUCCAAGCCGUGCCGGUUGGAUCAAGAAACCCAGAAACUUUGUUAUCUCCACGCUCAGGAAGAAGUUUCUUAGGAAGCAUCCCGAGCUAGAGGGGACCUUUUGCCCGACGCAGGGAUCUAACCGCGGUACCGCGUACUGGUUCCAGGAUCCCAACAAUGACGAGAUGAGCGAUAACUUUGGCCUUCCUUUCCCCGGGGACAGCGAUGAUGAGGAAGAGGAUGAGGCCGAGAAUGAGGACGAGGACGAGGACGACGGCGAUGAAGACUACCAAGAUAACGGGGAAGAGGACGAUGAGGAUGACGAGGAGGCAGAGGAAGAGGUGUGGGAGGAGUACGAAGAGACAGACGAGCACGGAGUCAUACAAAGAAAGAAACGUAGGAUUUGGCGGGGGCCAGGACUUCCUCGCGACCCGACAUACCAGGACAACGGAGAGGAGGACGACCUAAGCCAGGCGGAUCCGAGCGAGCUGGUGCCGGAAUCUGAUGACGAGGGCAACCGGUCUGGCGGAAAGCGCAAGCGCGAUGAUUCGGGCGCGGCGCAAACGGGCGACAAGACCAAGCAGAGGCCGUCGAAGAGACCGAAGGUGGCGGAGGGCCAGAAUGAGGGUGAAGAUGAGGAAGCUUGA